AUUAGUCAUUAGUGAGAAACUAGCACAGAGUGAUGUAAAAAGUGAAGUUAGGAUAAUAUUUGAAUAAGAAGGUGACAACUGACAUACAAACAAUAACAAAAAACAAAUGCGUAAAGAACCAGUUUUUGAUGGCCAAAAAUAGAAAUUUAAAAAACGAAAAUGUUUCAAUAAUUCAAUGGUCAAAUAAAUAAAUGACCCUCGUCGUCACGUGGGUCCCACGAAGAGCCCCAUUGCAGGCGCGUGGAACAACAGAUUACAACCGUCUCAAUGAAAAGAGGACGUUUGUCCCAACCCCUUCUCCAUUUGCAUCUCUCUCUCUCUCUCUCUCUAAAACUAUGCAAUCCCCGCCAACCCAACACCCCCACCAGAGUCCCACACUUCAGUUUUACUUCCCCAUUUCUUUCUCUCUCUACCUUCUCUCUCUUCUUCUUCCUUCCUUCCUUCGUUCUUGUUUCUCACGAAAAAGGCUGAUCAUAUAUAUAUAUGUGUGUGUGUGUGUGUGUGGUAUUUGAUAGUAUAUGAAUGAAUGAUGAUGGGUUCAUCAUCAGCUUGGGGAAAAGUAACGAACAACAACAACAACAACAGUUAUGAUUACUCAUUCAAGAUAUUGUUGAUUGGUGAUUCAGGGGUGGGCAAGAGUAGUCUUCUCCUUAGUUUCAUCUCCAACAUGAACCACCCUCUUCAAGAUCUCUCUCCAACAAUUGGAGUAGAUUUCAAGAUCAAGCAUCUCACAGUUGGUGGGAAAAGACUGAAACUCACUAUUUGGGACACAGCUGGACAAGAGAGGUUUGGAACAUUAACAAACUCUUACUAUAGAGGUGCCCAUGGAAUUAUCCUCGUCUAUGAUGUAACACGGCGAGAAACAUUUACGAACUUGUCAGAAAUAUGGGCCAAGGAAGUAGAGCUCUACUCCACAAACCCAGAGUGCAUCAAGAUACUAGUUGGGAACAAAGUUGAUAGGGAUAGCGAAAGGGCUGUAACUAUAGAAGAGGGGAUGGCUCUAGCGCGGGAGCAUAAAUGUUUGUUUCUAGAAUGCAGUGCUAAAACGAGAGAAAAUGUGCUGCGAUGCUUCAAAGAGGUCAUUAUAAAGAUACUAGAGACACCUAGUCUACUGGAAAAAGGAUCUAUAGCUGUGAAGAAACAAAUUUUGAAAGAGAAGCAACUGUGCCAGCCACCGAAUAACAGUAGAUGUUGCUCUUAGUUGAAAUGUUCUGAACAGAAGUACAAUAUCUGCAGCUCAAAAGAUCAAAACUGAAUUCCUCAACAUUGGUGCCUAUGGUUUGGACUUUCAGAUCCUUCACGAUAGCUGACGGCGUAGAUGGAUGGCCAUAUGCUCUUUCGAGAAACCUAUUGGAGCUGUGCUGUCUAAUUGUAUUUUUACAAAGAAUGGUGUUCAUGUUAUACCGGUCAGUAUCAAUUUUAAUGUUCUUUCAUUCAUUGAAUCUUUACCGAAUUAGUGUUAGAAUUAGGGUUUUUUUGGGAUGGAUGGAGACAUCCAAAAGGGAAGACCGAGAGAGUAUGGUGAAAAAUAAAUCUGUACUGGAAUUGUUUUGUAUCUUAUAGCUCAGACACGAGAUGUAUAUAGCUCAUGCUGGAAACAAGAAAUUUGGCUUGAUUGUUCUAACAUUUUUACAUGAUACACGCGUGCAGACUAUAUGUAUGGCUUUGGCUAUAC